AUGGUGGAAAAAGAAGAACUAUCUAUUGAGGAGACUAAUAAGAUACGUCUCCAGCUGGGCUUGCCACUGAUUCCAGUACCUUCUAAAGCGCCGGGUUCCCCAGAAAAUGUAAGCCAAACAGAAAAUAGAACAGCUGGAAGUCCCUCAUCGCAGGUGUAUGCUCCUUCAGGCGAUCAAUUACAUGACCAGAAUACAGCAAGUUCGAAUAGAUCUAGUAUAUUAACAGAUGCAUUUAUUGAUAAAAGAGCUUUUAAUCUUAGGAAGCGUAUUAACAUGAGACGAGGUCAUACCUUACUGGACACAGAUGAGAGUGGUGGAGCUGAUUGGUUGAAUGAUGUUAGUAAAGCGAAACAGUCGGCUCCUAAAUCAGUUAUCAAGCAUGUAUAUGAUCAAGAAUCAGAAUAUUUAUCAGGCAGAAGUUAUAUGGUGGCACACGACUUUGAAUCUUUUGUAACAGGGAAAGAUGUCAUACUGACAUUAAAAAAUACUGAUAUUGAAGAUGACCAGGAACAAGCAGACGUGCUGGAGAACGUAGAUAUGGUUCAUGACGCUGAAGACUCCAGGAAUUUGAAACUGAAAAAAAUGGCUAAGGAUAGGAAGCGAGGCAAACCCUCGUUCGACAAUGAAGUCAUCAAAGGACAGUUUUCAGAUGACGAUGAAGAUCAAGGUAAGAAAGCAGUUUUUACAAUAACUGAGGACAACAGGAUAUUACAAACCAGCAAAUUAUAUGCUACUUCAACACCGGAAGUUUUGAAAGACAAACGUAAAAUAGAACUAGAUACUUCUGUGCACGAGGAAUCGAUGGCUGAUUAUGAGCCAGUUAAAAUAAAGAAAAGGAAAAAGGUAGAUCGCAAUCAAAAUCUUCGAAAAAGAGAACGAUCCAAUCCUCUACCCAAAGUAAACCUCGUUGACGAGGAUGCUUUUCAAGAAGAUGCUGAAGAUCAACUAAAUACUAUUUUGUCUAUCCGACAACCACAAGUGGGUAUCACGACCGAGGAUAUUGCUAGAGAUAUCCUAACCGAACGUGAGGAAAAGAAAUCUAGAGCGAAGAAUAUAGAAAAUUUGCAUAAACAUUACAUGGUAAUAGACGAGGCAGAUACGUUUUUGAACUCCCUCAGAGAUAGUAUUCUGGAAGAACCACCAACCGUUCCAAUUGAGACGGUAGAACCGGGUACCAGUGCCCCGCCAAAUAGUGAUACGGCAGGCAUAAAUGAACUUCCAAAUACCAAAGAACCCCCCGCAGAGAUGAAUACGACAGCACCAACUUUCUACACCGGUAUUGCAAGUACCUUGCAGUUUUUGAAGGAGAAACAGGUUCUAACAUCUGAAGGUGUCAGACAAAACUCUAUCCAUACGAAGAAACGAGAUCUACUAAAGCUAGAACAACGAAUAGCCGCUCGUAAAGUUGAAGAGAAGAUCGACCUUGAACUAGCUGAAGGUAGCGUAAAAUAUACAAAGAACGAACUGGAUAAAAUCUCAAAAUACAAAGAGGAUCAAGUUAUGAGAACCGUAUCAAAGCUACAAAAAGAAAGACUGAAAGGGUAUAACCCAGACGUCAAGCUCCAGUAUAAAGACGACGAUGGUCACGAAUUAACAACCAAAGAAGCAUACAAGAGGAUUUCGCAGGCUUGGCAUGGCACUAAGUCCAAUAAGAAAAAACUUGCAAAGAUGCGCAAGAAGAUCGAGGAGAGACGUGCUGAAAAAGAGCACCCUCCGUUGUUAGACCUAUGA